UUUGGAGCCCUUCAUUUCUAAUUUCGGACCCGUGGAAACGUUAAAAAGAGGAAAGAAAUCGAGGGGGAAAGAGAGGGAAUGAAAUAGGCGCUUUUAGAGCAUCCUCAGAGCUGGUGUACCUGGCGCGCGGAUGCAGAGGUGAAGACGCCUCGGUCGCUUUUCUUCUCCGUGUGAAAGCUGAACUGCUCUGAGGAAAAAAAACAACAGAAUUCAGCAUGUUUGCCUCACCCGCCGACUUCCCACCGCGGAGUACAGCCAGCUGAAGAGGAACCUUUUUAAAGAAGGACGCGUGAAUCUUGCAGGUCAGGAUUUCCUCUAAAACAACUUUCCAUUUGCAACCUACUGGAUGCCGGAACACUGCCUUGCCUCUGGCAGCUGAAGAUGAGGAUAACAUGGACACCGUUUUUUCUGCUGUCAGUCAUGGAGUAUCUCACAGACUGUUUGGAUUUUAAAUCUUUUCAUGGGCCAAAAUGGCGAAUGGAGCCCAGUGAUUUGAUGGUACCCGUGGGUUUACCAGAAGAAGAGGCUACACUCACUUGUGAUGCCAAGGGUGUCCCUACUCCUCAGUACAGGUGGACACUGAACGGCACACUUAUCGAUCUGAGAGCUGAUUAUCGACGCCGUCUCUCUGGAGGGAACCUGGUGAUUAGGAACCUUGAUCGAGCUUUUGACACUGGAAUCUAUCAAUGCACCGCUUUUAACCCAGUGGGAGCCAUUCUUAGCAGGAGAGCCAGCCUUCAGUUUGCAUACUUGAAUUUCACAACUCAAACAAGAAGUGCAGUGUCAGUCCGUCAGGGACAAGGAGUAGUGUUAUUAUGUGGAACACCUACAUAUGCUGGAGAGCUGUCUUUUGCCUGGGUGUUCAACGAGUACCCAUACUUCGUCCAGCAAGACAACAGGCGCUUUGUCUCUCAGGACACUGGAAACCUUUACAUUGCUAAAGUGGAGCCCUCGGACGUAGGAAACUACACGUGUGUGGUUGUAAACCGCAUUACGAAAGACAAAAUGCUAAGCUCUCCUACUCCACUGGUGCUGAGAACAGACGGAGUGAUGGGCGAAUAUGAACCUAAAAUAGAGGUACAUUUUCCUGACAUGGUUCCAGCUGCCAAGGGGUCUAUUGUGACACUGGAGUGUUUUGCACUAGGGAAUCCAGUUCCUGAGAUAACAUGGAGAAGAGCCAAUGGAGUUCCUUUUCCCAGCAAAGUAAAGAUGAAGAACUCUAAUGUUGUUCUGGAGAUCCCCAGUUUUCAGCAGGAGGACGCAGGUGGAUACGAGUGUGUGGCAGAGAACAAAAUGGGCAAGAACACAGUCAAGGGACGACUCUCUUUUUACGCUAAGCCUCAGUGGGUGCAGACCAUGCGCGACAGUGCCUUGUCCAUAGAGGAGCGGCUGUUUUGGGAAUGUAAAGUCAACGGAAAGCCCAAGCCCUCGUACAGCUGGCUGAGGAACGGAGAGCAGCUUGCAUCAGAGGAUAGGAUUCACAUAGAGGAGGGAAUGCUGACUAUAUUCUCAGUGAACCUGUCUGACGCCGGCAUGUAUCAGUGUGUUGCUGAGAACAAACAUGGCAUCAUUUAUUUUAGUGCUGAGCUAGUGGUGUUGGCCUCACCUCCAGAUUUUUCCAGGAACCAACUGCGAGCACUAUUGAAAGCUAAAGCCGGCAGCACGGUGUCUAUGGAGUGCAAGCCCCAGGCUUAUCCCACUGCCAUCAGCACCUGGAGGAAAGGCAAUGAACUGUUACAAAGCAAUGAGAGGAUAAUUCUUCUCCCUGAUGGAACACUAAGAAUUGUAAAUGUGACCAAGACAGAUGGGGGCAGCUACACGUGUUUGGCUCGGAACCAGUUUGGGAUGGCAAGUACCAGCGGAAAACUGCUGGUCACAGAUCCCACACGAAUCACACAAGGCCCAGUGGAUAUGGAGAUCAUAGUGGGUGAAAGCAUUGUGCUGCCCUGCCAGAUCGCUUGUGAUUCCUCUCUGGACGCGUCCUUCUCCUGGGCCUUCAAUGGCCAGCUUCUGAACAAACUCGAUCCACACUAUGAGCAUGUUGGUGGGAGGGCAGCUGGAGAUUUAAUGAUACGGAACAUUCAACUGAAACAUGCCGGAAAGUACGUCUGCGUAAUUGACACUGAUGUGGAGAGUCUGUCUGCAGCUGCCAUACUGAUCGUGAAAGGUCCCCCUGGAGCUCCGGACAGCAUAACAGUGGAGGAGAUAACAGACACCACAGCGCAGCUCUCCUGGAGACCGGGCCAGGACAACGGCAGUCCCAUCCUCAGCUAUAUCAUUCAAGGCAAAACGGCAUUCACUGUGGGAUGGCAGGCUGUAAACACAGUACCUGAGAUUAUAGAUGGGAACACUUUGACUGCUACAGUGGUGGACCUUAAUGCGUGGGUGGAGUAUGAGUUCCGUGUGCUGGCUAGAAACAGCGUCGGCAUAGGGGAACCGAGUCCAGCCUCCUUGAAGACCAGAACUGAGGAUGCUGUUCCUGACACAGCACCGGCUAAUGUUGGUGGUGGGGGCGGCUCUAAGUUUGAGCUGGUAAUAACAUGGGAGUCUGUUCCCGAGGAGCUGCAGAACGGAGACGGUUUCGGCUACAUUAUCGCCCUGCGGCCGCUCGGCGAGAUGACUUGGACGCAUGUCGUGACCACAGUGCCGGGACGCUACGUUUACCGCAAUGAAAGCAUCGCACCGUUUUCUCCAUUCAGCGUGAAAGUGGGUGCCUACAACGUCAAAGGACAGGGGCCCUUUAGCCCCGUCACCACUGUGUUUUCAGCAGAGGAGGAACCCAGCCGUAUGCCAGAGGGCGUGUGGGCUCGGAGUAUUUCCGCCUCCGAAUUUGAAGUGAGCUGGCAGACACUUUCUGGCUCUCCAGAAAGGGUUUUGGGGUAUGAGGUGGUAUACUGGGAGGAUGACACUAAACCAGAGACCAUGGGAAAAGUGCGGGUGUCUGCAAAUCAGUAUACAGUAAAUAUCAGUGGCCUGAAAGGAUUCACUCAAUAUUUCCUAACUGUGAGCUCCUUCAACACAGCAGGGACCGGACCACGAACACCUACCAUCAAUAUCACCACCAAAAAGGCUGCACCGGGACAGCCACCACUUAAUGUCGAAUGGAACCUGAUUGGCUCGAAGCUAUCUGUCCACUGGGAUCCUGUAGUCACAAUGGAGAUGGAGUCUGAAGUUACUGGGUAUCAGGUGUCGUAUAGAAGAAACAGACACAGUGAGAUCAACACAAUCACCACUAACCUUACUUCUGUGGAGUUUGUCCUUCCUGCCGACGACGAUUACAUCAUCCAGAUCUGCGCUCUAAGUGAUAGUGGAGAGGGCACACUCACAGAUCCCAUUAACAUUCAUAAACUGAGUAUGAGUGUACGAGGAUCGAGAGCAUGGCGACCAACCUCCACCCGUCUCUUCUUGCUUUUUAUCAACGCAUUAAUGAUCAUGAGGCCAAUUUUGUGA